AAUUUAAGUCGGCGUUCCGGACCCGUCCGUCCGACAGACUCUCGCAUGAACAGCGGACGUGGACGUGGGAGAACCAAAGAGGGCGAGUGAUCCUUGGUGUCUCUAUAUACCGCAUCAUCUGCCGCUGCUAGGAAACUGUACAGAACCCCGCACCGCCACUCCACGCAGCGCACAGGAUCAUCUACAUUGAGGAUCUGUGUGUUUUCGCUCCUUUUUUUGGGGAUAUACAAACAAUUGUGGCCAAGCGCGAGAGCUUUUUUAGACAGGAUUACUCCCCUUUCCCUUCCCUUCUCCUCGUCCUCCGACGUAGCCAUGAGCCAGGCGGACGUGUCCACAUGCUCGGCCCCGCAGAGGGUGUUCCAGGAGGCGGUGAAGAAGGGCAACACCAAGGAGCUGCACUCGCUGCUGCAGAACAUGACGAACUGCGAGUUCAACGUCAACUCGUUCGGACCCGAGGGCCAGACGGCGCUGCACCAGUCCGUCAUCGACGGCAACCUGGAGCUGGUCAAGCUGCUGGUCAAGUUCGGCGCGGACAUCCGGCUCGCCAACCGGGAGGGCUGGAGCGCCCUGCACAUCGCCGCCUUCGGGGGCCACCAGGACAUUGUGCUAUACCUCAUCACCAAGGCCAAGUACUCAUCUGGGGCCCGGUGAUCGCUCUCUCCCAGCCUCCCUUCCUUCUUCCUUCUCACUCUCUCUGCUGUGUGUCAGGUAAAAACAAGCAAAACAAAAAACAAAACAAAAAUGGCAACAACAACAAAAUCUCCUCUCUGUUGUCUCCUUCAUGUGCCAAACAUCAAUAGGGCUGCAUUGGAAUCUUUCAAUAACACACACUUGGUUUGUUGGUACUAAAGCAGGGGUGGGGGACAGUUUUGCUAUCAGUCCUCCUGGUGCUUUACUAAAUUCAUGACAAUAUGAUUAUUAUUGGAUAUUCUUCAAAUGCUCUUGGCAGGCUGCUAAAGGGUCCGCAAACUGUAGGUUGCCCACCCCUGUCCUAAAAGCUUUCCUCUUGAAUGUGUCUACUACAGAUGGGGCGUUCCACUCACUGUUUAGAUCCCCCCCAUCUUCAAUAAUACUCAUUAUUGUCCACUAAAACAACCAUUUUAACUUUAAAGUGAAAUAGGGCACUUGACGCUGGAAUAUUUGAAAGGGAAGACACGCAACGCAAGUAAAGACAGAUAUAUAUUUUUUGUUUUGAGCUCAAAGAACAGCAUUAUGGCUAUCUGACAUGCUUUUUUGUUUGUUUUUUUGUUUAACCAUCAUGAUAUAACAACAAAUGGCUUCAUUGGAGUCUUGAAGUACUGUACACCAUAGCUUUACAUUGUUUCUGUCAUUGUUUGAAGAGAGAUACAAAACAUUCAACUUGCCAUCAUCCACGCUGGCGUCCAACUUUUUCAAGCCAGUCUGCCAAUGGUUGUGUUGUUACUUUAAAAAAAAAAAAAAAAAAAACAGCUGCUUUGUUUUUUUAAAGAAAAUUGAAAAGAAAAGUAAAAAAAAAUAAAAAAUUGGAAUCACUUUAUAAACUCAUUUCAGUAUUCUAUUAACAUCCUCACUGUGAAAGCAGGCUGUUUUUUUUAAUUAUUUUUGUUGUAUUUAUGAAGGUACAUUUUGAUUGAAAAAAAGAGAAAAAUAUUCUUUAAAUGUAAGAGGGUGACUAAAGCUGCUUCAUUAAAAAAACAAAAACAAAAAAAACAAAAAAAAAACUGUCCCAUGUAGAGGUAUCCCCUCUGUGUGUGCGCCCUUUUCCCUAAUCCCCUCCUCCUUUCCCACCCCUCCCAUCAGGAUUGGUUGCCUUUUGCCAGCUACCUCGACUUUUAAAGUAUUCUCAUGUUGUGCUUAUGCCAGUAUGUUGUGUGUUUUUGCCCCCCUUCCACUCCCCCAAAAGAUCCUGCAUCCUCAUUUGGGACAGUUUAUUUGACACAACAACCAAACCAGUUCAGACAAGCUAAAAGCAUCAGUGUGCCUUUCUGCGAUCUCUGUCUUUUUUUUUUUUUUUGAUGGGGUUUAGGGGGUAUAUUUUCAGUCAAGACAACAAGUGGAAUGGCUUCUUAAUGCAGGGAGUUUGAAUUGCACAAAUACGUGGAGCCUUGAGCACCUCUUGGCUUUAGAUGGAAUACUUACUACUACUGACUUUUUGAACAAAGAAAAAACAAAAAAAUACACAGACAUGAAAAAUCACAACACGUGGCAUUUGCAGGACUCACAAAGAAAAUACUUUAAGUUGCCUGCUGCAUUAAAAAAAUGGAGAAAAAAAAGUCAUGGCACCCUAACAUUUGAAUCAAUGCUGCUUGUAUUUUGUCAUAGUUAUUUUUUCUUUUCAAAGGCUUCACAGCAGCUUCAUGGGAAGAGUGUGUGUUCUUUGAAAGUGUGUGCUUCUUACGAGGCCCAGAAAAACACACGCACACACACAAAAACAAGCACCAGUAAACUGAAGCGAUUGGAUUGGUAUCAGGCAACACAUGAAAUAUGCAUCGCUUGUCUUAAACUUGAUAUUUCUUUUGUUUUUAUUAAUUCUUUUGAUUUCAAUAUUGCACUGAUGACUGUUGUUGAAGUUGGCUUUUUAUUUGCCAACAUUUAAGAAUUUUUUUCUGGAUAGGAAAAAAAAAUCAAACACAGCAAAAUACUAUUGUAUGAAUAUAUGCUCCAGGUGAUAAAUGUGCAUGCAUGUUACUUGGUGGGAAUGUGUUUUUCCAGCAAAGAAUUGUGUGCGUGUGUGUGUGUGUGUGUGUGUGUCAACGCUGAUGAUGAUGAUGAUGAUGAUGAUGAUGAUAAAACUUGGGGCACUUUCUUUUCUGAAGUGCUGUCUUCCUGUUUUUUUGUGAAAGGGGAAUAAUACAUUUGAUGGUAAGAUCAUUGUAACAUGAUUAAAAAUUGCACGGUUGUGUGGUUGUCGGGCUUAUCUGGGUCAUAACAUUUAUGACGUAAUGAGCUAGCCACCGGAGUGGUGUACAUGAUAUGUGUGUUGUUCUUUUUUUUAACGUGAAGAAAAGUGCUGAGUUUGUCCUUUUUUUUUGGAACAAGUUGUGUUUCUGUAUUUUUUGCUUAAUUUCAAGCAAGAGGAAACCGCUGAGUUUGCUUUUCCAGAAUUUUAUUUUGAAUGUUUGUAACACUGUGAUGAUGACGUGAUGUCACGUGGAGAUGAGUGCUGUAUUAUUUUUGUACGUUUGUGUACAAGCCAGUAAAGAAAAUAUUAAA